AUGACGACGCACCAGCACCAAGGCGCCACCGACGUGUCGUCGCCGUCAUGGCCGAGCGCCGGCCCUCCCACGGCUGCGCCAGUGGCGGCCGCCUCGGGUGGCGCCAUGAUGCCCGGCGGCGCCAUCACCGUGGCCGGCUCUAUCGUGAUCUUUGUGGUCAUCUCCAUCGGCCUCCUCUCCCUGCAGUACUGCUUCGACGCGUGGGACAGGGAAAACCACGGCGCCCGGCCCCGAGGACGCCGCCGCCGUGGCGACGACGGGACGGCGGGUUCGAAUGGUGGUGGAGUCCGGACUCGGGGCGUCGACCCGGAGCUGCUGCGCUCCCUGCCAGUCACGGUGUACCGCGCCGCUGCGCCGGGGUCGAAGGAGGACGCGGUGGAGUGCUCGGUGUGCCUCGCGGAGCUCGAGGACGGCGAGGAGGCGCGGUUCUUGCCCCGCUGUGGCCACGGCUUCCACGCCGAGUGCGUCGACAUGUGGCUGGCGUCCCACACUACCUGCCCGCUCUGCCGGCUCGCCGUCUCCAAGCCCGACCCCGGCUCGUCUCAAACCCCAACGCCAGCCUCGGCUCUUCGUCCGCUCCCUCCGGAGCCGGCGAACCCUCCCAGGAGUGUGCUUCUCGGGGUCUCCGACCAGGGCGCGGUCACCGCGGUGAACAUGACCAGUAACGACGGAGAUGACACGACCGCUUCGGCUUCCACUGCCGCUGCGCCCGUUCCGGUGAUCGAGAUUCCUGAGUUGGCGCCCGUGCCGACGCCGACCCCGUGCGACGCGGCCAAGUCGUCGCCGGUCUCAGCGAGGCCGAGGUCGUUUCGGAGGCUGUGGAGCUUCGGAAGGCAAGGCCCCAGCUCGAGCUCCUCCUGCACCUGCGGCGGCGCCGGCGAAGUAGCCGACGUGGAGCAGGGUAUGGGCGUUACCAUUGGCGUGGUCGUCGCGGAAGCGCAACUGCCAUCAGAGGCCACGGCCGGUGUGGCUCAGGGAUCUGCCGUGUAG